AUGUCUAGUUCGACCUCAUUGUCGUAUGCGGGCGCAUAUGGCUCCUUCUCGACUGUUCCCAAUGGGGCUCUAUCUGAUCGAGUCCCACAAUCGCAGACUUCUGGGCUGGAUACCUUGGCGGAGGGUUCACAGUACGCACUCGAGCAGUUACAGCUCUCUCGAGAGGCACAUGCGAAACCGAAAGAUCAACUCUACGCUGAAAGCUGCAAUGGCUUCAAAGCUUCCUUUCAGCGCGAUUCUCUCUCCGAGGCUCGAUCCGCUAUUCGGAAGAAUUCCUCCUCUACGCCAGUCCGACGGAGGAUAAGCCGCGCUUGCGACCAAUGCAACCAGUUACGGACCAAGUGCGAUGGACACAGCCCGUGCGCUCAUUGUAUAGAAUUUGGCUUGACCUGCGAAUAUGCCCGCGAACGCAAGAAGCGGGGGAAAGCAUCGAAAAAGGAUCUCGCAAAAGCCGCGGCGGCUGCAACCGCUGCUCCAUCCAGCAAUGGAAAUGACAGCGCAUCUUCCGCCAACGGUCAGUCUCCUGCCGACAAAAGAUCGCCAUCCGAAGUGAAUAAUAGGAGUGGGAUAGCGUUUGAUUCCUCGCGAGAUUCCGCGCAGCCACGCACAUCUCAUGCACGACAGCAAAGCAUGCCAGGAAUGACGACGAUCUCGCCGUCUCAGCAACAGCAGCAACAAGAGCUCGUCUCCGGACUAGAAGCUUUGCCAAUGAAUGGGUUUGGGUCCCUGCAAGAGGUCGAUCAACAAGGCAUGGGUGUUGCGGAUUUCAGAUCUCUUCAGAUGCUCCAGUCGUCAAAUGCGAACCAUCGAUCCCCAUCGUCGUUACUCCCUCCUCCCGGAUUUAAUAGCGGAUAUGGCGAGGCUGCAUUUUCCUUGAUAGGCCAUCCGGAACAGAAUGUAGCAUCAACGAACGGUUUCCGUUUCGCAGCCUCUGCGGGAAAUGCUUCCGCACCUUUCAUAGGGCUCACUCCGCCCGCCCAAUCUCCUGGAUGGCUCCCACUACCCUCCCCAUCUCCUGCUAACCUCUCGUCCUUUACUCUGCCUCCUGUUCCUAGUACGUUGAGAUACCCCGUUUUGCAGCCUAUUCUACCACAUAUUGCGUCUAUUAUACCCCAAUCGCUUGCUUGUGACCUGCUCGAUCUGUAUUUCACGAGCUCCUCUUCUUCUCAUCUCUGCCCACAGUCUCCUUACGUCGUGGGAUAUGUUUUCCGCAAGCAGUCCUUCCUUCAUCCGACCAAACCCAGAGUCUGCAGUCCUAGCCUCCUAGCAAGCAUGCUAUGGGUAGCAGCACAGACGAGCGACGCCGCCUUUUUGACGUCCCCGCCUUCUGCGAGGGGUCGAGUGUGCCAGAAACUGCUGGAGCUCACGGUCGGUCUCCUUAGGCCCCUGAUUCAUGGACCAGCACCGGGGGAAGCAUCUCCGAACUACGCGGCCAACAUGGUCAUCAACGGAGUCGCUCUUGGUGGAUUCGGUGUGUCUAUGGAUCAGCUGGGAGCCGAGAGCAGUGCUACUGGGGCUACCGAUGAUGUUGCGACGUAUAUUCACCUUGCCACGGUUGUUUCCGCUAGUGAGUAUAAGGGUGCCAGUAUACGCUGGUGGGCUGCGGCUUGGUCACUGGCCCGGGAGCUCAAGCUUGGCCGAGAACUGCCGCCAAAUAUGUCCCAAGUGAGCCAGGAUGGAGAGAGAGACAGAGAUACCAAGGGUGAUAUCGGGAAAAGACACCCGCCGAUGCCACUAUCCAAUGGAAUGGGUAAUUCGAACAUUGAGUUCAGCGAGGAAGAGCGAGAGGAACGCCGGCGCAUCUGGUGGCUGCUCUAUGUCAUGGACCGGCAUCUUGCUCUGUGCUAUAAUCGGCCGCUGAGUCUUUUGGAUAGAGAAUGUGAAGGGUUACUGCAGCCCAUGAAUGACGACCUAUGGCAAGCUGGCGAUUUCUCCAAUGCUGGAUACCGACGCGUUGGGCCGAGUUUCGAAUGUACAGGACAUAGUAUGUUUGGCUAUUUCCUCCCCCUGAUGACGAUUUUGGGCGAAAUCGUGGACUUGCAUCAUGCCCGGAACCAUCCUAUGAGUUUCAGGAGUGGCCGGGAGUGGGAUGCUCAAGUGGCUGAAAUAACUCGCCAACUUGAUGUUUACGGUCAAAGCUUGAAAGAUUUUGAGACACGCCAGAUGCACGAUGAACCUAUGGUGGAAGGGACUCGCCUCGAUCAUCUCAGCCCAUCAGUACGUUCUAGCGACUCUCGGAUGACGGAAUCAAAGGUCCAAACCGAGAUUGUUGUCGCAUAUGGAACGCACAUCAUGCAUGUGUUGCAUAUCUUGCUCGCAGGGAAAUGGGAUCCCAUCGCCCUGCUCGAUGAUAAUGACCUCUGGAUAUCCUCUGACGAAUUCGUGGCAGCGAUGGGACACGCUGUCAAUGCCGCAGAAGCUGCGGAUCGAAUCUUGAAGAAAGACCCGGAUCUCAGCUAUAUGCCUUUCUUCUUCGGGAUCUAUCUUUUACAGGGCAGUUUCCUGCUUCUGCUGACGGCGGACAAGCUGCAGACAGACGCAAGCAGCGAUGUGGUGAGGGCUUGCGAGAUUAUUGUCCGCGCACACGAAGCCUGCGUCGUGACCCUGAAUACGGAAUACCAGAGGAAUUUCCGGAAGGUCAUGCGCUCAGCUCUCGCCCAGGUCCAUGGCCGUGUACCUGAAGACCUCGGCGAACAGCAGCGACGCAGACGCGAGGUCCUAGCACUAUACCGUUGGACUGGCGAUGGAAGUGGACUCGCUUUAUGA